AUGGCGUCCGCGAAUAUCUGGCAGUCAGGUGGGCGGAGUUGGAUGGCUGCCCUCGCGGCCGGAACCCUGGUGACCUCUGUCUGUGCCGGGCAGCUCCAAGUCCAACACGCCGCGCAAUACCGGAGUCUCGAAAUGCAAAACCCCGGAAAGGAGCAUCUCUUGGCGCACAUGGGGCGGCUCGCGUAUGAGGUCGAGAUGGCGGCGAGUACUUCCUCAUUGCGGACGCCUCUGCUGGACACGUUUCAGGUGGCCGAGCCUGUGCUCCUACCGUCCGGUGCCGCCGGUGAGGAGACCAUCACUGUGACUUUGAUGGACCACCAGUUCGCCAACAGCUAUGGGAUCCCGUUUGUCGGGAGCUAUGUGCCGCCGGACUUCGAAUUCGACCACGUCGUGAUCAACUUCACCGUGGAGGUCAAGGGCAGGCAGUUUGACCGCUGGGGCGGCGUGUACUUGGGCGACGUCAACAUCUUCUCCACCUCCACCGCCGAGCCCACGGCCAACGGCAUCACCUGGACCUGGCUGAAGGACUCAACGGCUUACCUGUCGCUCUGGAAACAGCCGCAGACCCUCAUCUUCCAGCUCGACAACGUCAUCACGGACGUCUACACGGGGCUCCUGAACUCCACGCUCACAGCGACAUUCUUCAACAGCCCCGUCCAGAGCGGGGGCCAGGCGCCCGCGGACCUCAUCCUCCCCGUCUCCGCGCAGAAGAGUCGCGUGACCGGCAGCUUCUGGACGUACCCCGAGGAAGACGCCACCGCCUCCCUCCGGUUCCCCCGCAACGUGAACCGGGCCGUCUUCUCCUCGUCCGUCAAGGGCCAGGGCAACGAGGAGUUCUGGUGGAGCAACGUGCCGCAGUCCGCCGUCGACGCCUUCGAGCCGGACGUAGGCGCUUACCCGGGAUACUCCCCGUUCCGGGAGGUCCAGGUCCUGGUCGACGGGCAGCUGGCCGGUGUGCAGUGGCCGUUCCCGGUCAUCUUCACCGGCGGCGUAGUUCCGCAGCUGCACCGGCCGAUUGUGGGCAUUGACGCGUUCGACCUGCGCGACCACGAGAUCGACAUUAGCCCAUGGCUGCCGCUCCUAUGUGAUGGCAACAACCACACCAUCGGCAUCCGGGUGGUCGGGCUCGUCGAUGAUGGAGUCACUAGCGCGAGCCUGUCGGACACGACGGAAAGCAGCUGGUAUCUGGUCGGCAAGGUGUUUCUGUGGCUCGACGACGAAGACAGCGUGACGACAGGUGUCAUGGGGUCCACGGCAAACCAAGACCCGGCCAUCGAAUUCUCUCAGACCCUUAAGCAGAACGCAACGGGGUUCAACUCGACGCUGGAUUACGCCAUCUCAGUGAAGAGGAACUUUUCCAUCACCUCCCGAGUGAGCACCCAAAAGGGCAACGGCACGGCAACGUGGAGCCAGAACCUGCUGUACUCGAAUGUGGGCGGUCUGUAUGCAAAUGGUUACGGCGGCAUCAAUACGUUCUCGACGAUCGGCAAGGAAUCCUCCAACAGCCCCGGGUGGGAUUACGAGACGACUUUCUCGUACCCCUUGUACUGUAACACCACGACCUCGUACCUGCCCGAGGGUAACCUGACGCUCUGGGCGCAGCUCGACCAAGGCCUAAAACUUCACGUCCAGGGAAACACCGUCUACCCGACGGGCCUCGAGGCUUUCCAGAGGGAGGGGGCGGAGUGGGCCGCCAGCGUGAUCGACACGGACAGGAACGGCACGGCGAACUACUCCCGGUACGCGGAUAACACGGUCACGUCCGGGGCCGGGCGGACGCAUCAGGUGUUCCGUCUCAGUGGGCUGGACGGUGAUGGCACGUACGAGACGCCGGGGGAGGAGCUGUAUUUCCGGGACGUGACCGCGUACAACAACAGCGUCGUGGCACAGAGUGAGGUUGUUACGGGCAAGGUAAUGUAA